AUGCUAUAUAUUAAGGCUGCUCUCAUAGUAGCAGUCAUCUGCUGUUUCAAUGACAUAUCAUCAGCAAGAGUAGCCAGUAAGGUGAAGCUCGACGUUCUGGAACAGGAUCUGAUCGAGGUUAUUGUCAGGUAUGCCAGGGAUAAAGGGGAACAAGCUGUCAACGAGAAAAAACAACAGAAAAAGAAUUUCUUUGAAACAGGCGUCGACAAGCACAACAAAGGUAAUAGUGUGCGGCAAUUACAUCAGAUGAAGAUGUCGACUCCUGAGACACGGGAGAAAGAGGAAUACGCUGUAAGAUCUCUAGCUGCUGUUGAAGAACUCCAGCGACUAACUGGACUGACCCUGGAAGAGAUUCAGGGUUCCGAGAAAGUCGUUACGGAGUGGCGUAAGAAUAUCCCUUGCGCGAGCAAGCUUCAGCCGUCUGAAUGCAAGUCAAUGAGCCAACGGUACCGCACAAUAAAUGGUACAUGUAAUAACCUACAACACCCGGACUGGGGGUCUGCUGGUAUCUCACAGAGACGCUAUCUUCCUGCUAAGUACCAAAAUGGAAUCGGUUCACCUAGGAAUGAAAGUCGUAACUUAUUACUGCCCAGCGCUCGCCUUGUUAGCAACACUGUGUUUGCGGAUGCAAGUACUCCGAAGCUGGACGGAAAGCUUUCGUUAAUGGUGAUGGCAUGGGGACAGUUUUUAGAUCAUGACAUCACACUCACACCCACUGCCUCAGGUGAAGAAGGAACACAAAUAGAUUGCUGUGCCUCUACCGGUUCUGGAAGAUAUGGAAUUCAUGUCCAGGAAUCUCCCAGAGACGACUGUUUUCCAAUAGAUAUCCCUUCCAACGACAAUCAUUUUAAGACACAGUGUAUGUCAUUCGUAAGGUCGUUACCAGCCGCCGACUCCUGCGAUCCAGCCAGACGAGAACAGGCCAAUGCCAUAACGGCCUUUGUGGACGGGUCCAAUGUUUACGGGUCGUCCACAGCAGAAGUUGCAUCUCUGAGGGCAUUUACAAAAGGACUGUUGUUGUCCUCUCCUGGUAACCUACCACCAAACGGAAGUGACGAUUCCUGUAUUAUAUCAGAACCUGGCGAUUUUUGUAUGAGAACCGGAGACGUCCGAGCUAACGUCGUUCCACAUCUUGGUGCCAAUCACGUGUUAUUCUUCCGGGAACAUAAUCGGAUAGCCCAAGAAUUGUCUACCCUGAAUCCGACAUGGGAUGACCAGCAGACUUUUGAAGAAACACGUAAAAUUGUAUCAGCCCUUCUCCAGCAGAUCACAUACUACGAAUGGUUACCAAGCAUCCUGGCACCAGAAUUCCUUACUUCCUACAACUUGACACGAUCGGAAGGCGAUCCUUACAACUCAAGUGUUGACCCAUCCAUAAAAAACUCGUUUGCCGUGGCGGCCAUGAGGCACGGACAUUCGCAGGUGAGCGGAUUCCAAGCAUUUCUGCUCCAUGAUUACAUGACAUACAAGGUGAAAUCCAUACAGGACACAUUCCUAAAGCCUACCAUGGUCGUCGGCAACGCCGGAAAUGACGUUCCUCAGCUUGCACGAUGGAUAUGCUCAAAUGAAUCAAUGAAACGGGACAGGAUUUUGGAACCAGGUGUGCGUGAUCUGCUUUUCCUUGAUUCUAACGGCCAUAGCUUUGACCUUGGUGCACUCAACAUCCAAAGAGGGCGAGAUCAUGGAAUACCAUCAUACACCAAGUGGCGCGAAUGGAUUGGUGCGCCUAAAGCAACAUCGUUUAAGCAGCUGACAGAUCAUUCUAAACGGGAAAAACGUUUAUUGGAAAAAGUAUACGACCAUGUUGAUGACAUCGACCUGUUCGCCGGUGGGAUCUCUGAAAACGAUGUAAAAGGUGGUCAUCUUGGACGUGUUUUCAGCCAUAUCCUGGCACGCCAGUUUUCGGAGUUGAAAGCAGGGGACAGAUUUUUCUACGAAAGACCAACGAAAGAAGGAUUUUCAAAGAGACAACUAGACGAAAUCAGAAAAGUUAAACUGUCCAAAGUCAUGUGUGAAAACUUUGGACUUGAUUUGAUUCCAGAAAACGUCUUCAAAAUGCUUUCAAAUGGAAAGACUCUGAAGACAUGCGAUUCUCUACCUGGAAUGGAUCUGUCAAAGUGGAUCCCUAAAAGUAACAGAGAUGAAGAUGGUGGAAAAAGUAAUUGA